CAUCAUCAGAAGCUUGAAGAGUGACAAACAUCGACAUCCUGCAACAGUGCAACCUCUCUCCCUUCUCCUCUGUCUGCAGCAUGUCGUGGCAAGCUUAUGUCGACUCCUCGCUUUUGGGCACCGGCAAGAUUGACAGGGCCGGCAUCUACUCUCGGGCCGGAGACUCAACCUGGGCCGCGUCUUCAAACUUCAAUCUAUCAGACCAGGAGCGCAAAACCAUUGCAGCAGGCUUUGACAAUACAAGCGCUAUUCAAGGCAGUGGUAUUCACGUGGAAGGUGAAAAGUACCUGACGCUACGCGCCGAAGAUCGCAGCAUUUAUGGUAAAAAGGGCAACAAGGGUUUGAUUUGUGUGCGAACAAAGCAGGCCAUCAUCAUUGGCCACUACCCAGAGACCACACAGCCUGGUGAGGCUGCUAAGAUUGUGGAAGGAUUGGGAGAUUACUUGAUUGCUGCUUCUUACUAGACUCUAAAGGGUUUCACGAGAGGUACCAACACUGAGGUCCCCCUUUUGCUGCAUUCUAUCAUUCUUCUUUUUAUAAACGAAACCUGCAUGACGAGAACAAGAUGAAGAAACUUGAAACGACGCGUUGCCUAUGCAUAUGAUGUGCUUUCCUUUUGACUUCUCUUUGUGUCUUAUACGGGUGAUGGGCGAUAUCCAGCGAUUCGAUCGAGCAAAGGCCCGACAUACGAUGCUCGUAGCGCAGGACCAAUGACAGGCAUACUCCGUAGCGUGUUGAGUACAAUAGGGAAGAAGUCACCACUAAGGUUGACAAAGCCAAAGAGCUCGAU